AUGCUAGCCCUGUGGAUUAUAACAGUUGUUGUUGGCUACUUUACUAUCAAAUGGUUUCUGAACAGAUUAGAGGUGGGGAACUUUGGUGACAAAUACGUCUUCAUAACCGGAUGUGAUACGGGGUUUGGAAAUCGCCUAGCCAAGAAAUUAGAUGGUUUAGGUUUAAACGUUAUUGCCUCUUGCCUAACUAAAGAUGGUGCCUCAGAAUUGAAGAAGGUGACGUCAGAACGACUGACGACUGUUUCAUUGGAUGUUACGUCAACACAAGACGUUAAACGAGUAAUGGAGGAAAUUGAUGAAAUGAUUCCGGUCAAUAAAGUACUGCCUGUUAAUUUAUUGGGACUAAUUGAUGUCUGUAUCAAGUGUGUGCCCCUACUCAGGAAAGGAAGGACAAAGGGACGGGUCAUUAAUGUUUCUAGUGUUGCUGGACGCUUUGCAGUAGGUGCGAGUCCUUAUGUAGCGUCCAAGUACGCCGUUGAAGGUUUUUCAGAUGGUCUCAGGCGUGAGUUAAAGUGUCAAGGAAUAUCUGUCCAUAUAAUAGAACCGGGUCAACAUACAACUUCUCUCGCAAAUAAGGAGAAAAUAAUCAAAGACCUUGAGCAGGCUUUUCAUAGAACCAGACCUGAUACACGAGACUACUAUGGUGAAGAAUACAUUAAGAAAUGUGAGUUCAAAUGUUAA